AUGGUGAAAUGCAUCAGUCUUCUGGCUCCAGGACCACAUGUCUUCCUGUUGGGGUUACAAAUCGGCAGACUCACACCAGAAGAGAAGGAGACAUUAAAACUGAUUGAAAAAGGUUUUGGCAAGAAUUCUAAAAACUUCACCAUCAUUCUUUUCACAAGAGGAGAUUCACUGAAACGUGACAAAGUGUCCAUUGAAGAAUACAUAGAAAAUGAAUGUGACGAUUCCUUUAAGAAGCUGAUUGCUGACUGUGGAGGAAGAUACCAUGUGUUCAAUAACUAUGAUGAAGGUAACCGGACACAAGUCAGCGAGCUGAUAACCAAGAUUAACUCCAUGGUGAAGACAAAUGGAGGCAGCUGCUACACUAAUGAGAUGCUGCAAGAGGCCGAAGCAGCUAUAAAGAAAGAAAUGCAGAGAAUACUGAAGGAGAAGGAAGAAGAGAUGAAGAGAGAGAGGGAGGAACUUGUGAAAAAACAGGAGAAAGAAAUGCAAGAGAUGGGGAAAAAAAUGGAAGAACAGAGGGCAGAAAUUGAAAAGGAGAGAAAACUGAGAGAAAAACAACUUGAAGAAAAGGAGGAAAAGAUUAAUAAUGAACGUGACGAGAGAAGGAAGGAACAGGAAAAGAGAGAAGAAGAAGACAGGAAGAGAAAACACAAGGAAGAAAUUCAGCGACAGGAGUGGAGACAAAAAGUUUCAGCUUUGGAGGAAAAAAUAAGAUCAGAGUCCGAAUCAAAGGAAACGACUGACAGAAAGCUGGAGGAGAGCAGAGAAGAGAUGAGAAAAGAACGAGAGAACUGGGAGAGAAAACAACAAGAAUGGUGGGAGAAAAGAUAUCAAGAAGAUGAACAAAGACGACAAGAGGAACAAACAAGACUUAGAAAACUUCAAGAAGAGUACGAACAGGAGAGAGAAAUGUAUGAAAAGAAGAGAAAUGAAGAGGACCGAAUCAGAAGAGAACAAGAGGAAAAAGAGAGAAAAGAGUUGGAGGAGAAGUAUGAGAAAGUAAUUGAGAAUCUAAAGAAGAUACAUGAAGGGGAGGCCAGAAAGAAAGCUGAAGAAUUCAAUGAAUUCAAAGAGAAACACAACACAAAAUUAAAAGAUAAUGAGAAGCAAAUGAGAGACAAAGAUAAGGAAUACGACAUCUUAAAGGCUCUUUCAGUCCACAAAGAACAAGAAAUGAAGAAAAAACAUCGACAGCAAAUUUGUGAUUUGGUGAAAUGCGUGACCAAAAAGAAAGAAAAUCUGAAAAAAAUCAAUGACUUGUUUAAAAACCAAGAGGAAGAAAUGAAUAGGGCGGAAAAUGAGGAGAAAAGGAAGAAACUGCAGCAAAAACAUGAAAAACAACUAAGUGACUUGAUUCAGGAACUUAUGGGAGAAGUCGAAACAUCAAGCUGUCCCAUUUUAUGAGGAUUUGUUUCAUGUGAAUGUCACAACAGAGCAGUUUAAGAUCUGCCUAAUUUUUGCUAGUUUCAUUUAGUUUUAAUAACAGAAACCUUAAAGAAGCAGAGACUUUGCUGUCAUAAUUUGCC